AUGACGUGUGGCGGCCGGCGGCUAUCGCCGUCGUAUUACCGACACCACAGGCGCCGGUGCCGGCACACCGGCGACCCGCAGCACCAUCGCCGUCUGAACCAUCAGUACGAUCACCGCAGCAACCAUCACCACUACCACCACAACUACUACCGUCACCAUCACCACCAUCAUCGUCACUACCACCGUCACGAUCACCACCGCCAACACGACCGAAACGGGCGCGGCCCGCCGCAUCGGCCGCGGGCCACCGCGGCCACCGAUAGCCGCGCCCGACUGCCGUACGCGGCCACCGACGUCGUGGUCGCGUCAGACGCCAAGUCACCGUCGCCGCCGCCGACAAUGAGGCAUGCGACCAACCACCGUCGACAUUCGUCUUCUUCGUCUCUGUCGUCGGCGGCCGCCGUCCGCCGCAUGUCCGCAUGGCUGGUGGCCUGCGUCGCCUUUUGGGCACCAACGGCGCCCUGCACGCACGCCGCUAGUAUGUUCGGAGACGUGAACAUUUCAGCCAUACUCGAUUCGUUCAGCGGCAGUUACGACAAAAGAGUAAGACCGAAUUACGGAGGUACUCCAGUAGAAGUUGGUGUCACCAUGUACGUGCUGAGCAUCAGCUCAUUGUCUGAAGUGCAAAUGGACUUUACGCUGGAUUUUUACUUCAGACAGUUCUGGACCGAUCCCCGGUUGGCGUUCACUAAGCGGCAGGGUGUCGAGACCCUGUCCGUGGGAUCGGAGUUCAUCAAGAAUAUCUGGGUGCCCGACACGUUCUUCGUAAACGAGAAACAGUCGUACUUUCACAUAGCGACCACCAGCAACGAAUUCAUUCGGAUACACCAUUCGGGGAGCAUAACGCGGAGCAUUCGCUUAACCAUCACCGCGUCGUGUCCCAUGAACUUGCAGUACUUCCCGAUGGACCGACAAUUGUGCCACAUUGAGAUCGAGAGCUUCGGAUACACAAUGAGGGACAUCAGGUAUAAAUGGAACAAGGGACCAAACUCGGUGGGCGUGUCCAACGAAGUGUCGUUGCCACAGUUCAAAGUGCUCGGGCACCGGCAGCGUGCGAUGGAGAUAAGCUUGACGACGGGAAAUUAUUCGAGACUGGCUUGUGAGAUACAAUUCGUGCGGUCCAUGGGAUACUACUUGAUCCAGAUCUAUAUACCCAGCGGGCUGAUCGUCAUCAUAUCGUGGGUGAGCUUUUGGCUAAAUAGAUGCGCGACGCCCGCUCGAGUCUCGUUGGGUGUUACCACUGUAUUGACCAUGACUACGCUCAUGUCGUCCACCAAUGCUGCGCUGCCGAAGAUAUCUUACGUCAAGUCCAUCGACGUCUACCUGGGCACGUGUUUCGUCAUGGUGUUCGCUUCGCUCUUGGAGUAUGCCACCGUAGGGUACAUGGCCAAGAGGAUACAAAUGCGGAAGAACCGUUUCUUGGCAAUACAAAAGAUUGCCGAACAGAAGAAAGUGGUAGGCGGAGGCGGUGGAGGAGGAGGUGCCGGUGGUCACUCCGCCCACGACGGCCACUCGCACGCCCAUCCUCACCACACAUCGCGUCACGGUCACGGCCACGGCUCGAUAUCCGGUCACAGCACACUGUCUGGACACGGCACCCUGUCUGGUGGCCACGGUCCCCAGUCCGGCCAUGGCACGCUCCCCCACGGAAUGUCCAGUCAUGGUCUGGCAUCGCAUGGAACCAUGUCUAGUCAUGGUUACGACGGCAGCGGUCACCGGCACAGUCAUAUGAGCCACGGGGGCACGUUGUCCGGAUCGCUGAUAGCUGGAGACUUAGACCACAUGCCUCGACAAACCGAGGUGCGGUUCAAGGCCCACGAUCCAAAAAACUACCUCAAGGGUGGUUCGCUAGAGAACACCAUAAACGGCCGUGGGGAUGACGACAACAUAACGCCCAUCCCCACGCAACAUGUCAUGCACCCCAACAAAGACAUCAACAAGCUUUACGGCAUUACGCCCAGCGACAUCGACAAGUACUCGAGGAUCGUGUUCCCGGUGUGCUUCAUCUGCUUCAAUCUCAUGUAUUGGAUUAUAUACCUACACAUCAGCGACGUGGUCGCCGACGAUCUGGUGCUGUUGGGCGCGGACUGAACUCAUCGGUUACCGCGUUUACCGGACCGCCGUUUUAUACACCUACAUACAUACACACACACACACAUAUAUAUAUAUAUAUAUAUAUAUAUAUAUAUAUAUAUAUAUAUACUAUAUUAUAUACUAUUUACAUGCGAAUAAAUAAUCUAUAUUGUACACUUAGACUUAGUGGUGGAGAUAAGAGCUCAAAGAAAUACAAAUUCCGUAAGAUUUAUAUAUAUAU